GGGACUUUAAAAUCGCUCUUUGUUAUUUGAAUAUCUGGAAAGAAAGUGGGUUUGAUCCCAGAUCCAAGACAUCGCCUGUGGGUGAGGAACUCUGUGUGGGCCUAUCUGAGGUCUAUUCCUGCUUGGACCUUAUUGGAUGUGUCACUGGAGUCAGAGUUACACUACCUCCCAUGGAUCCAAACAUCCAGGGGUCUUUCCUGUUCAACAACAGCCUGAACCAGUUCUCCUCUGAGCUCAAGGCCCCGGUGUGUCAGUACUCUGUGCCCAACUCUUUCUACAAGCUCAACCCGGCUCUGAACAGCCAGCUGCAGCCGGGGACGCCGCACACCAUCAGCGACAUCCUGAGGAGCUCCAUGAUGGGGAUGGGCGCCACGGGGACCACCACCCUGCUGUCCGGAUACUCCACCAUGGGGGGGUUCAGCCCCUCCGUCAGCAGCACCUCCAUGUACUAUAACCGAGACUACAACUCCCCCCUGGGCGGGUUCUCCAAGCCCGGCGCAGAGUGCUCCAUGAAGGGUCGCAGCUGCUGGGCGGAGAGCGGCUGUGAGUGGAGGGGGGGGCGGCAGCCGUGCACCAACAGUAGUGAUCUGGGGGAGAUGUCAGGCAGGAAGAAACACACCAGACCAACGUUUAGUGGACAUCAGAUUUUUGCCCUGGAGAAAACCUUCGAGCAGACCAAGUACCUGGCCGGGCCGGAGAGAGCCAGACUGGCCUAUUCUCUGGGAAUGACCGAGUCACAAGUCAAGGUGUGGUUUCAGAACCGACGCACCAAGUGGCGGAAGAAGAGCGCCUCGGAGCCGAGCUCCACGCAGUCCGGCCUGGCGGGGACCGGCGGGGAGGCCUCGGAGAACGAGGUGGAGGACGAGGAGUACAACAAGCCUCUGGACCCGGACUCUGACGACGAUAAGAUCCGCCUGCUGCUGCGCAAACACCACAGAGCUUUCUCCGUGCUGCGCCUCGGCCCGCACCAUGUCUGACCCACUUCCGGCGAAUCACACACUGCACAGCACUCAUGCAUGCUGUUAUGAGAGUUAUUCGUUUUAAAUUAAAAAAAGCAUGUUCAGAAGAGGUCAUAUGUGGUACAACAACUAAGUAUCACUGGGGUCAAUCAACAGGCUGCAGAAAUGAAUCUAAAAGACGUUUACUUUUACAAGUUACUGUAUCUCUGGCCUGUUUAAUGUUACACGGGUGUGUGGGGGAAUUAUGUUAUACACUCCAUUUUUGUAAAAAUAUAAGAAAAUGUUACUAUAAAAACUGCAUGAUGCUAUUGGUAUUGGGAAUAAAAAGUAGCCUGAAGUUAUUAACGUGUUCUCUUUUUAAACAGUUGACACUGCAAACACUACAAAAGCAAAUAGUGCCACUGCCGAAUAAAAGUGGAGGUGAGAAAUAUCAUUGGUCCUUCAAUUUAAAAUAAAUAGUAUGCAGGUUAAGUCAUGUUAGUACAACUAUUUAUAGGGAGUUUGCAUUUAAAUGUGCACUUAGUAAGAAAAAAGGCACUAAAUAAGACCUGUUAAAAUGAACAUGGCUGUAUGUAACCACAUGUCUAACAA